AUAUAUACUGGAAACAGUGUCAUUUACGGCAAAAUAACUCUGCCACUCGACAGGAACACCUGCCUCAAGUGGUCUUGACAGUUUUGCGAAUCAGGUGCAAAACUCCGAAGGAACAGCAUGGGGGCUCCGCUGAUUGUGUACAUGUCAAUCAUGUACAUGUUGCAUAUAAGUACAUGUACAUGUUCAAGUUGCAUUUAUGGAGAUGUGACCAAGAUUGACACGACUGGGGCUUCAGAGAGCACUGCCAGACAAGACAAACUAAGAGUAAAAGGGGUGGAGGCCUCUCAUGAACUGGCUGAACAUGACUUGCGCAGGAUGAACAAGUAUAAGUCUAUCAUUAUCAGGGUAGGCGGGGCGCUGCAAAUGGAUCCAGCUGUCAUUGCUGCUAUAAUAUCUAGAGAGUCAAGGGCUGGAGCCGCACUUGUGGAUGGGUGGGGUGAUCAUGGAAAUGGCUUCGGACUAAUGCAGGUUGAUAAACGAUACCACAAACUAAGAGGGGCAUGGGACAGUGAGGAGCAUGUCACUCAAGGCACAGAGAUCCUGAUUGACUCUAUCAAAGCAAUUCAGAGGAAAUUCCCCAACUGGCCCAAAGAGCAUCAAUUCAAAGGGGGAAUAUCGGCUUACAAUGCUGGCGUGCGUAAUGUGCGCACCUAUGAGCGAAUGGACAUUGGGACCACUGGGAAUGAUUAUUCCAAUGAUGUUGUGGCAAGAGCUCAGUGGUACAAACGCAAUGGCUAUUAAGCCCCUCUGAUACUGUGCAGUAUGUUUCACUUUGUAAAUGUUUGCAUUCUUUCAACUAAUAAUGCUGAGGCUAUUAAUAGCAAUCAUAUUUUGCCAUUUAAAUGAUGCUAAAAAGCAUUCCAAAUAACAUAUGCCAAACACAAAUAAAAUGCUAAAUUGUA